AUGAAUCAUAUCAAAGCAUUUUUAAUAUACGAUGAAAAUGGUGGUAGUGUUAAUGGUAGUACUAAUGGUGAUGGACUGCACAAUUGUGAAAACACUUUAAAAUAUUCGGGACUUACUCCACAAAGGUUUAUUAACGUUGAAUUUAAUAGCGACUCCACUUAUUUUACUAGUGUAAUCGGAAAUAAUUUAAAAAUAUAUAAAACUUACCCAUUGAAAUUAAUGGCGAAUAGUUAUUUGCCCGAAACAUAUAUUAUUUUUAAAAGUAUUUUGUUGGGAAGAACGAAUUUAAUAGUUUUAUUAUUAAGGGAGGAAAAACAAGAACCAUUAUCUUUAAAGAUUCCUCGAAAAGCAAAAGGAUAUACAGUUAAAAUUUGGGAUGAGCAUCAACAUAAAAUAGUCUGGGAAAGUACUUGCGAAGUUUUGGAUUUUUAUGUUUCUAGUGAAAGUUAUUUAAUAUUAACUACUAUUAAUCACGAGCUUUUGGUGUAUAAGUUUAUUACAGCUGAUAAAGAUCAUAGCAGUGCGAUAAUACAGAUUCAAAUACCUAAUAUCAAAAUCAGAAAUGAUGUUGCUGCGAGUGUUUCACGAAAUUUAUUUACGUUUUCCAAUGCCAAAAUAGUUGGUCAAGUUCAAGUAGCAAAAUUGCCUGACAUGAAAUCCAUGAGCAUAUUUAAGGCACACAAAAACAAUAUUAGAAGCUUAGCAAUUUCUCCUAAUGGCGAAUAUUUAGCAUCUUGUUCGGAAAGAGGAACUUUAAUAAGGAUUUUCAAACUUUAUAGUGGUGGUGCUCAAAACACCAUUGGAAAUACCAAUGAGAAUUACAACAAAGGUUCCAGUAACAAUGAACUCGGGACAUUAUUAUACGAAUUUAGAAGAGGGUUGGAGAUAGCAGACGUUUAUGAGAUUAAAUGGAGCCCAGAUUCUAAAAAAAUAGCGUGUAUAAGUGAUAAAUGUACUUUACAUAUAUUCCAGCUUCCAUUAUUAAAGAAAGAGUUGAUGAAAAGAAAGAAAAAUGUAUUUUUGUUAACAGACAUGUGCAAUAUAAAACUAUCGUCGACGAUACCCGGAGAUCGUUGUAAAAUUGGAUGGGAAUAUCCACAAAACGACAGUAUUAAAAAUAAUAGCGACACUUUUUAUUUAAUUUGGCAUAAAAGUGGCUUAUGGCAAAAGUUUUAUAUUAUGAAAGAUUAUAACGAUUCAAAAUACGAAAUUGUACGUGAAAAUUAUAAAUUAUUAUAA